CCGCCCUCCCCGGUGUCUGUGUUUCUCUCUCUGGUCGGAGGCGGCGGUAAUGGCGGAUGGUGGGUUGUGGCGCCGGCGGCGGCUGCUGUGAGGGACGAUGAGUUCCUCCUUCGUGGCGAACGGGGCCAGCCUGGAAGAUUGUCACUGUAACCUCUUCUGUCUGGCUGACUUGACAGGAAUUAAAUGGAAAAGAUAUGUAUGGCAAGGUCCAACUUCUGCCCCUAUUCUGUUUCCGGUGACAGAAGAAGACCCCAUUUUGAGCAGUUUUAGUCGCUGUCUUAAGGCAGAUGUACUUGGUGUUUGGCGGCGAGAUCAAAGACCUGGAAGAAGAGAGUUAUGGAUAUUUUGGUGGGGUGAAGAUCCUAAUUUUGCUGACCUUAUUCACCAUGACUUAUCAGAAGAGGAAGAUGGAGUGUGGGAGAAUGGUCUUUCCUAUGAAUGCCGUACUCUGCUUUUCAAAGCAGUUCACAAUCUGUUGGAACGGUGUUUAAUGAACCGGAACUUUGUACGUAUUGGCAAGUGGUUUGUAAAGCCUUAUGAAAAAGAUGAAAAACCUAUAAAUAAAAGUGAACAUUUGUCCUGCUCUUUCACCUUUUUCUUGCAUGGAGAAAGCAAUGUUUGUACCAGUGUGGAAAUUAACCAACAUCAACCUGUAUAUCUUCUCAGUGAAGAGCACAUCACCCUUGCUCAGCAAUCUAAUAGCUCGUUUCAAGUUAUCUUAAGCCCAUUUGGACUAAAUGGCACUCUCACAGGACAGGCAUUCAAGAUGUCUGAUUCAGCUACAAAAAAAUUGAUUGGUGAAUGGAAACAGUUCUAUCSUAUUUCAUGUUCCUUGAAGGAGAUGUCUGAAGAAAAACAGGAAGAUAUGGAUUGGGAAGAUGAUUCUUUAGCUGCAGUAGAAGUUCUUGUUGCUGGUGUUCGAAUGAUCUACCCAGCAUGCUUUGUUCUAGUCCCCCAGUCAGACAUUCCUACGCCUAGUUCUGUGGCAUCCUCUCACUGUUCAGCUUCUUGCUUGGGUGUCCACCAAGUGCCUGCUUCCACAAGAGAUCCUGCUAUGUCUUCAGUUACUCUUACACCACCUACUUCUCCUGAGGAAGUCCAAACAGGUUUACCAGACAGCUUGAUUGAUCCUCAGUCUGCCCAGAAGUGGGUCAAAUUUUCUUCAGUGUCUGAUGGCUUCAACUCUGAUAGUACUAGCCACCAUGGUGGGAAAAUACCCAGAAAGUUAGCAAAUCAUGUGGUGGAUAGAGUUUGGCAAGAAUGUAAUAUGAACAGAGCACAGAACAAGAGGAAGUAUUCUGCUUCAUCAGGUGGUCUAUGUGAAGAAGAAACUCCUGAUAAAGUGGCAUGCUGGGACUUUGUUGAAGCCACACAAAGAACAAAUUGCAGUUGUUUGAGAUUAAUGGUGCAGUGUAAGAAACGUUUAAAAGUUUCUGAUGAAUUAGUUCAGCAGUAUCAAAUGAAGAAUCAGUAUCUUUCAGCAAUAGCAUCUGAUGCAGAACAAGAACCUAAAAUUGAUCCAUAUGCAUUUGUUGAAGGAGAUGAGGAAUUCCUUUUUCCUGAUAAAAAAGAUAGACAAAAUAGUGAGAGAGAGACUGGGAAAAAACACAAGGUAGAAGACGGAACAUCUACUGUUACAGUUUUAUCACAUGAAGAAGAUGCUAUGUCAUUAUUUAGUCCCUCUAUUAAGCAAGAUGCUCCACGCCCUACUAGUCAUGCACGUCCUCCAUCAACCAGUUUGAUAUAUGACUCAGAUCUGGCUGUCUCUUAUACCGACCUUGAUAAUCUCUUCAAUUCUGAUGAAGAUGAAUUGACACCUGGAUCUAAAAAGUCAUCGAAUGGAUCAGAUGAUAAAGCCAGCUGCAAAGAAUCAAAGACAGGAAAUCUGGAUCCAUUAUCUUGCAUAAGCACUGCAGAUCUUCAUAAGAUGUAUCCUACACCACCAUCUUUGGAACAGCAUAUUAUGGGAUUUUCCCCAAUGAAUAUGAAUAAUAAAGAAUAUGGUAGUAUGGAUACAACACCUGGAGGAACUGUCCUAGAAGGAAAUAGUUCUAGUAUAGGAGCACAGUUCAAAAUUGAGGUUGAUGAAGGAUUCUGUAGCCCCAAACCUUCUGAAAUUAAAGAUUUUUCUUAUGUCUAUAAGCCUGAAAAUUGUCAAGUUCUAGUGGGAUGUUCCAUGUUUGCACCUCUAAAAACUCUACCAAGCCAAUGUCUACCCCCUAUCAAAUUGCCAGAAGAAUGUAUUUACCGCCAGAGCUGGACUGUUGGAAAAUUGGAAUUGCUUUCUUCAGGGCCUGCAAUGCCAUUCAUCAAAGAAGGUAGUGAUGGAAGUAAUAUGGAUCAAGAAUAUGGCCCUGCUUAUACACCACAAACCCAUACUUCUUUUGGGAUGCCUCCUAGCAGUGCACCUCCUAGUAACAGCGGAGCAGGAAUUCUUCCUUCUCCAUCCACUCCUAGGUUUCCGACUCCAAGGACUCCAAGGACUCCAAGGACUCCUCGUGGAGCUGGUGGACCUGCUAGCGCUCAAGGUUCAGUCAAAUAUGAAAAUUCAGACUUGUAUUCACCAGCUUCCACCCCAUCCACAUGCAGACCCCUUAAUUCUGUUGAACCUGCAACUGUUCCUUCCAUCCCUGAAGCACACAGUCUUUAUGUAAACCUCAUCCUUUCAGAAUCAGUUAUGAAUUUGUUUAAAGACUGUAACUUUGAUAGUUGCUGUAUAUGUGUCUGCAACAUGAAUAUCAAGGGUGCCGAUGUUGGAGUUUACAUUCCAGAUCCAACGCAGGAAGCACAAUAUAGGUGUGCCUGCGGCUUUAGUGCUGUCAUGAACAGAAAAUUUGGAAACAAUUCAGGAUUAUUUCUUGAAGAUGAAUUAGAUAUCAUAGGACGCAACACAGACUGUGGCAAAGAAGCAGAAAAACGUUUUGAAGCUCUCAGGGCCACCUCCACUGAACAUGUUAAUGGAGGUCUAAAGGAAUCUGAAAAGUUUCCUGAUGAGUUGAUAUUAUUGCUACAAGAUCAGUGCACUAAUUUAUUUUCACCCUUUGGAGCGGCAGACCAAGAUCCUUUUCCCAAAAUUGGUGUGAUUAGCAAUUGGGUGCGAGUUGAAGAACGGGACUGUUGCAAUGACUGCUACCUUGCAUUGGAACAUGGGCGUCAAUUUAUGGAUAAUAUGUCAGGAGGAAAAGUUGAUGAAGCACUUGUGAAAAGUUCAUGCUUACACCCCUGGUCCAAACGAAAUGAUAUGAGUAUGCAGUGCUCACAGGAUAUACUUCGAAUGCUCCUCUCUCUUCAGCCAGUUCUUCAGGAUGCUAUUCAGAAAAAAAGAACAGUAAGACCGUGGGGGGUUCAAGGUCCUCUCACUUGGCAACAGUUUCAUAAAAUGGCUGGCCGAGGCUCUUAUGGAACUGACGAAUCUCCAGAACCACUGCCAAUCCCCACGUUUUUGUUGGGUUAUGAUUAUGAUUUUUUGGUGCUUUCUCCAUUUGCUCUCCCUUAUUGGGAGAGACUUAUGCUGGAACCCUAUGGAUCUCAAAGAGAUAUAGCCUAUGUUGUACUAUGUCCAGAAAAUGAAGCUUUGUUAAAUGGAGCCAAAAGCUUUUUUAGAGAUCUUACUGCAAUAUAUGAGUCCUGUCGAUUAGGUCAACAUAGACCUAUUUCUCGACUGUUGACGGAUGGGAUCAUGAGAGUUGGAUCUACUGCAUCAAAGAAACUAUCAGAAAAGUUGGUAGCAGAAUGGUUUUCUCAGGCAGCUGAUGGUAACAACGAAGCAUUUUCUAAACUCAAGCUUUAUGCACAAGUCUGCAGAUAUGACUUAGGUCCUUAUCUUGCUUCUCAACCACUGGAUAGCUCUCUACUUUCUCAGCCAAAUUUAGUUGCCCCUACCAAUCAGUCUUUGAUUACUCCACCUCAUGUGACGAAUACUGGAACUUCUAAUACUCCAUCUGCCACUUUAGCAUCUGCAGCAAGCAACACUAUGACGAUGACUUCAGGUGUUGCCAUAUCUACUUCAGUUGCCACAGCUAAUUCAACUUUGACCACAACCUCAUCUUCUUCAUCCUCCAGCUUGAGUAGUGGAGUAUCAUCAAAUAAACUCCCUUCAUUUCCACCCUUUGGCAGUAUGAACAGUAGUGGUACUGGAUCCAUGACCACACAGGCAAACACAGUUCAGAGUGGUCAUCUAGGAGGGCAGCAGUCAUCAGCUCUACAGACAGCUGGGAUUUCUGGAGAGUCAUCUUCACUUCCCACUCAACCACACCCUGAUGUGUCUGAAAGCACAAUGGAUCGAGAUAAAGUGGGAAUCCCCACAGAUGGUGAUUCACAUGCAAUUACCUAUCCACCUGCAAUUGUUGUUUAUAUAAUUGAUCCUUUUACAUAUGAAAAUAAAGAUGAGAGCACUAAUUCUUCUAAUGUGUGGACUUUGGGGCUACUUCGAUGCUUUCUGGAAAUGGUCCAGACUCUUCCUCCUCAUAUCAAGAGUACUGUUUCUGUACAGAUUGUCCCUUGUCAAUACCUGUUACAACCUGUGAAGCAUGAAGAUAGACAAAUCUAUACCCAGCAUUUAAAAUCUCUUGCUUUUUCGGUCUUCACCCAAUGUCGGAGACCACUUCCAACAUCAACCAAUGUAAAAACAUUGACUGGCUUUGGUCCAGGUUUAGCCAUGGAAACAGCUCUUAAAAGUCCUGAUAGACCAGAGUGUAUUCGACUUUAUACACCUCCUUUUAUUCUGGCUCCUGUUAAGGACAAACAGACAGAAUUAGGAGAAACAUUUGGAGAAGCUGGACAGAAAUAUAAUGUUCUUUUUGUGGGCUACUGUUUAUCACAUGAUCAAAGGUGGAUUCUUGCAUCUUGCACAGAUCUAUAUGGAGAACUUUUAGAAACUUGUAUCAUUAACAUCGAUGUUCCAAAUAGGGCACGUCGAAAAAAAGGUUCUGCUAGGAGAUUUGGUCUGCAGAAACUUUGGGAGUGGUGCUUAGGACUUGUACAAAUGAGUUCAUUACCAUGGAGAGUUGUAAUUGGUCGUCUGGGAAGGAUAGGUCAUGGAGAAUUGAAAGAUUGGUACUGUUUGCUGAGUCGUCGAAACCUGCAGUCUCUAAGUAAAAGGCUCAAAGACAUGUGUAGAAUGUGUGGUAUAUCUGCUGCAGACUCUCCCAGCAUUCUCAGUGCUUGCUUAGUAGCAAUGGAACCCCAAGGCUCUUUUGUUAUUAUGCCAGAUUCUGUGUCAACUGGUUCUGUAUUUGGAAGAAGCACCACUCUAAAUAUGCAGACAUCUCAGCUAAAUACCCCACAGGAUACAUCAUGUACUCAUAUACUUGUGUUCCCUACUUCUGCUACUGUGCAAGUAGCUUCAGCUACUUAUACCACUGAAAAUUUGGACUUAGCUUUCAAUCCCAACACUGAUGGAGCAGAUGGAAUGGUUAUCUUUGAUUUGUUAGACACAGGAGAUGAUCUUGAUCCUGAUAUCAUUAAUAUCCUUCCUGCAUCUCCAACUGCAUCUCCCGUACAUUCUCCAGGAUCUCAUUACCCCCAUGGAAGUGAUGCUGGCAAGGGUCAGGGUACUGAUCGGCUACUUUCAACAGAAUCUCAUGAUGAAGUAACUAAUAUUCUUCUUCAGCAACCAUUGGCCCUUGGAUACUUCGUAUCAACUGCCAAAGCGGGUCCAUUACCUGACUGGUUCUGGUCAGCAUGUCCUCAAGCACAAUAUCAGUGUCCCCUUUUUCUUAAGGCCUCUUUGCACCUCCACGUGCCUUCAGUGCAAUCUGACGAGCUGCUUCACAGUAAACACUCCCACCCACUUGACUCAAAUCAGACUUCAGAUGUCCUCAGGUUUGUUUUGGAACAGUACAAUGCACUCUCCUGGCUAACCUGUGACCCUGCAAUCCAGGACAGACGCUCAUGUCUCCCAAUUCAUUUUGUGGUGCUGAAUCAGUUAUACAACUUUAUCAUGAAUAUGCUGUGAUCUUCAUUUGUUGGAACUUUGCAAGAAAAGAACAAGGAAAAAAGGAUAUUUUGCUGCAGGAUUAAGUUAUAAUGUUCUCAGUGAAAGUCAUUUGUGAUAGGGUCUAAUUCUUAUUACUUCAACAAAUAUUGUUUUGACUUGGGGGGAGGGGCUAUAACCCUGCUAUUUUUCAUUGACUCUACUGAACUCUUUAGGGAUGAUGACUGAUCAUACAAAACGUAUUAUAACAUUUUCGUAGCAAAAAUUAACGUUUUUUUUUUUCCGGUCACAGUAUUUGUGAAAAGUAAUGAGCCAUAGUACCCAGUCAUGUUAAAUGAAUAUUAAAAGCAUGGAGAGGAAACAUGAGGAACAAUGAUUUUCAACAUAUGGCUUUAGAACAUCAAGAUGUUCUUGUAUUGGAUUAUAGUAUCUAGUAUUCAAAAAUGCCUGCAUCUCUUAUUUAUUGUAAGUUUUUAAAUGUAUAAAUUGUCUUAUAUUUCUUAACCUCUUUUAUAAAAAUUUUCCUAGAAGGUUUAUACUGCCUUCUUGCUUUAAAGCAAUUGGUCUAAAAUAUAUGUAAUCGUCUUAAUUAAAAAGUUGCAGUAGGGUUGCUUUUAGAGUAUUAUUUUUUUGUAACGGGGUGGGUGGGACAGUAAAUUUGUAUUGUCUCAAUGUACAGUUUAAUGGGGAUAGAGGGGGAAUAAUGUCCAUACCAUUGUGUGUGGAGGAUUUACAGCUAAGCUGUAGUUGCAGAGUACAUGUACAGUAAUGAAGUUCACUGUGUUUAUAAAUUGAAAAGGUACCGGGUCUUACAGCAUUUUAUAUAUCACAUCUUUACAGAAUAACAUGAUGGCAAUAUACAAGUGAUAUUGUUAGGUGGUUUAACUUAGAAUAAAAUGAGAAUUCUUCAGUUAUAUUUUGUACUAUGGUUUAGGGCUAUGACUAAUAUUUCAGGCCAUUUCCAGUGAAAGAAACUUAGUUUUACAAGAAAAACAUUUGCUACUGAAUGCUUAAACUAAUUUUGGUGUUUAAUGUUACUAUGCUUAAAUUUUUUUCAGUUUUAACAGUGGCAAUUUAGGCAUGGGAAUAUUAUUAAUUAUGAAAUUUAUCUGCAGGAUCUGCUAUAAGGUUGAAAUUUAGCCCAGCUCUAGGCAUUUUACAAAUUAUUUUAAGAGCAGUCACUCUUGAUUGUUUGAGGUUUUUUUUUUUUUUUAAAUUAAUGAUUGGGAAUGUGUGUGAGAGUAUGCAUAUGUAUGGGUGUGUGUGUGCAAUCAAACUGUGGUGUAAAUAGAUUCUCAGUGAAUUCUGGUAUUCAGACUCUAUUCCACUAGUGAAAAAACCAUUUUCUAAACUUAACCUGUUUCCCUUUGCCUUUUUAUUUAUUUAAUUUUCUUGGUUUGGAGAUGGCAGUCCCAAACACCAGAGUCUGUACUUUUCUAUAACACAGCUCAAAUUAAGGUAGGGCAUAUGCCAAGGAGGUUCUCACCUCCCUAAAGAAGGGACUUGAAUUUUAGGGACUUUAAUUCACCCCUUCCUUCAACACAACUUUCCCCCUUCUUGUUUGCACAUGCCAAUAUAACUGCUUUUAUGCAGGCUUUUACCCCCUUGAAAAAUCCUUUCUACAGUGCUGCUCACAAGAGAGCCCAAGUUAGCUUUCUACCUGCAUUGCUGACUUGAAUUCACAGUCACCAAGUCUACCUAAUCUUUCUUGGAAGCAGUCUAGCAAAAUUCUUAUUUGUAUGUUCACUAAUUAUCUACAAGGAUGAAAUCAGUUGUAUUUACAAAACUCUAAUUCAGUGUUUUUUUUUUUAACUGAAACUUGUUUUGUAAGUACUAUAUGCCUAGCAUAAUAUCACUUUCUUAUGAACAGUAUAACUUCUUCAAAUUGUGUACAUGAAAACAUUAGCAAGUCUUUUUUCUAUUAAAAACAAAUUUGGUGACAAAAGUUUUCAAUCAUUAAGAUUAUAAUGAAAUCCCAGUGGUCAGCAUAUUUUGAUAUUAAAUUUAAAGAUCACAUCUCUGCAUAUGUUUUUCAAUUAUGCUAACGCACCACAGAUUAUGUUGGCAUGUUUUGUUCUGUACUUUCUUAAAAAAAAAAAAAACAAACUUGUCUGAGAUUUGAGGGAAAAGAUGCUUAUUUGGAAUUUCUAUAAAAAGAGUAUUUUUUUUAUAUACUUAGCUAAUAGUGACUUUAAAAAAUAAAAGUUAUAUUCUCAGUUGUUUGAAAAAUUGCUAACCUACAGUAACCAAACCUCAGUUUGAAAAUAGAUUUUUUAAAAAAUUAUUCCCUGACAGUUUCUUUUAUAUGGAGCCAUAAGGAGGGAACCCAGUAUACAAUUCCUUUUUAUGUAGGAAUCAGGGAAUAGUUCCCAAAUAUACAGGAUUUACUGAUAAAACUUUUCUUCCCUUCAUAUAUCGGUUCACACUCAAAUAGAAAGUUAUUAAAUAGCCAUUAGAAAAGGUCAGUUGACUUAUCUCAGAAAAAAAGAAAUUAAGCAUUUUGUGCAGGAUGAUGGAUCUGACUUAUUAAUGUACUGUCACAGACAAGUAUGGGUAGUUUUGUUUUACUUAAAUAAGCAAGCAAAAUAUUAUACUUUGUACCAGUGAGUUACGAACACCUUGACUUCUUUGUUACAGUGCUAAUGUCUGUUCUUUGUGCAGUUAUCCAUUAUGAAGCAGGGUGGAAGUUCAGUAUUUUGGCAUUUAAAAGAUUAGUUAUAUAAUGUUUGCUUCCAGCCAGUGAGAAACAUCUAGCCAUACCUUUCUUAUGCAAGCCAUUCAGUUAUCAGGACUGUGAAUUAACACUGUAUGAAUAAAUUUCUGUACACCUUAUUGUUUGGCCAGAAGGCCACCAAGUGUACUUAUAUGUAAUCCUUAAAUUUUAAAGUAGCUGUAAUUUUUAAAUAUUUCUAAACUUUUCUUAAACCACUAAAAUUAAGCUCUUACUACUUAGUCAACUAUCCUCAGCUGUAUUCGUACUCAAUUGUCAGUAUGGCACAGAUUACUGUAUUAAAAUAUUCUCUUUUCGUCUUCAUAUUUACCUUCUGAGGUAAUUUUUUAACUUAAUGUGUUACUACAAAGAUUUGCAGAUCUUUAAUCAAGCACUAUGUUAAUACUGUAAUAUCAAAAUACUAUGUUGCAUUAUUUAAAAUGUUCAAAUUGAAUAGAUUAAAAGGAAGUUUUUAAAUGCUAUUGCAUCAUAUAAUUUGCUACUCAUCCACUAUGGCAUUGCAUAUUAGUCUAUUAAUACACUUAAUGUUGCAUGAGUGAUAUUUUGGUCUGGGUUUCCUCUUAAUAUUUUAGUUUGUCUAAAUUAAGGAAAAAAUGUUUUUAACAUAUAUAUUUUUGU